UUGAUGUGGGGAGGGGGGGGAAUGUUGAAAAAUAUUUUGGACGCCAUCUUAUCUUCCCCUUGUAUAUUAAAACAUUUUUUUGGGGCAAGUCCCCUCAACUUUUUUUUAAAAUCUUGUGUGUCAAAAAGACAGAGAGGUGGGGUGGGGGGGGGAGAGAAAAAAAGAAAGCUGAAGCUGGAAAAAGAACAAAAAAAACAACAAAAAGUCUGAGGGAUAACUUUUUUUUGCAGAGUGUGGGUUUUGUUUUGCAGAGAGUUCUUUUUUUUUGCAUGUGUGCAUUUUCUUUUUUUUAAAGAAAAGGGAGGGGGGGGAGAAAGAGAGAAAUUAUAUAGAUUUAUAUGGUUAUUGGGUUCCUGAGAGGACAUGGCAUCCCCACUGAGGCAAGAAGAAGAGGAGGAGGAGGAGGAGAUGGACGAAGGCGGCCCGCUUUUCCCGCCAGCGGCAGAAGAGAAUGUGGAGGAAGUCAUCGAGGGUCACUCUGAAGGUGAAGGUGUCAAAAAGAAACGAAAGAAACUGUUAAAAAAACAGAAAGAAAACAAGCCAGCUAAAACCAAAAAGCGGAAGAGACUGGAAAGUGAGGACGAAAUUGCCUCUGAGCUGGAAGAUCUCAAAGAAAAAUCAGACAGCGGUUGCAGUGACUUUGGCAAGAAAAAGAGGAAGAAACGAAAGGAGAAGAAAGAGAAGAAAAUCAAGCGUCGGAAAAAGGAUCAGGGUGAUGACGAUGAAGAGGAGGAAGGUCGUAAGCCUGAACCGAAGACCUCAGCCCGGCUACUUGAGGACUGGGGGCUGGAAGAUGUGGACCACGUAUUCACAGAGGAUGACUACCGCACUUUAACCAACUACAAGGCCUUCAGCCAGUUUAUGAGGCCUCUCAUUGCCAAGAAGAACCCGAAGAUCCCAAUGUCGAAAAUGAUGACUAUUCUCGGUGCCAAAUGGAGGGAGUUCAGCGCCAACAGCCCGUUCAAGGGAUCGGCGGCUGCAGUAGCAGCGGCAGCCGCAGCGGCAGCAGUAGCAGCUGUAGUAGAGCAGGUGUCUGCCAGCGCCUCGGCGGGAACCCUUUCUGCCUUGCCAGUGCCACCCAUCCGCAAGGCCAAGACCAAAGAGGGCAAAGGUCCUGGUGCGAAAAGGCGGAGCAAGAGCCCAAGGGUCCCAGAAGGAAAGAAGAAAAAGAGGAAGAAGAUGGCUCCGUUGAAGAUUAAGCUGGGCAUAAUGGGAUCAAAGAGGAAGAAAAGCUCCUCGAGUGAUGAGGCAGACUUGGAUGGAGAUUCCGAUUUCGACAAUGCUAGUGUACACAGCUCAUCCAUUCGAUCUGAUAGCUCAGUCGGGCUCCUGAAGAAAGCAAAGCUGAAAGCAAAAGUAGGCAGAAAGAAGAGGAAGAUGAUUGGUGAGGAGGAGGCAGAUGGAUAUGAGACUGAUCAUCAGGAUUACUGCGAGGUUUGCCAGCAGGGAGGAGAGAUCAUCUUGUGUGAUACCUGCCCCAGAGCUUACCACUUAGUCUGCCUGGAUCCAGAACUGGACAAAGCCCCAGAAGGGAAGUGGAGCUGCCCACACUGUGAGAAAGAAGGUAUUCAGUGGGAAGCAAAGGAGGAAGAGGAGGAGGAGGAAGAAGAGGAGGAGGAGGAAGAAGAGGAAGAAGUGGAGUUGGGGGCUGAGCGGGAAGAAGAGGACGAUCACAUGGAAUAUUGUCGGGUCUGCAAAGAUGGUGGAGAGCUGCUGUGCUGUGACGCCUGCCCAUCGUCCUACCACAUUCACUGCCUCAAUCCGCCACUUCCAGAAAUCCCCAACGGCGAGUGGCUUUGUCCUCGCUGUACAUGUCCACCACUGAAAGGCCGGGUCCAGAAGAUUCUUCACUGGAGAUGGGGGGAUCCCCCACAGCCGGUGCCAGUACCCAGGCCACCCGAUGCCAACCCAGAGGACUCUCCACCGAAACCACUCCACGGCCGGCCUGAGCGGGAGUUUUUUGUUAAGUGGGCUGGCUUGUCGUACUGGCACUGUUCCUGGGUCACUGAGCUGCAGCUGGAGAUUUACCACUCGGUGAUGUUCCGGAAUUAUCAGAGGAAGACUGACAUGGACGAGCCUCCUCCAUUUGACUACUGCUCUGGGGACGACGACAGCAAGAGUGAUAAGCGGAAAGCUCAUGACCCCCAGUACGCUGCCAUGGAGGAGAAGUUCUAUCGCUAUGGGAUAAAGCUGGAGUGGAUGACCAUCCAUCGCAUCCUGCAGCACAGCAUUGACAGGAAAGGAAAUUUCCACUAUCUGGUCAAGUGGAGGGAUCUACCAUAUGACCAGGCCACCUGGGAGGAGGACGAGCUGGAAAUCCCAGAUUAUGACUCAGUCAAAGUUGCAUACUGGAAUCACAGGGAGAUGAUCAUUGGGGAGGAUCCAACCAGGCCCAAGAAAACCAAGAAUUUCAAGAAAAUCAAGGAGUUUUUGGCAGACAAGCCUCCCAGCUCGCCUGUAGUAGAGCCAACAAUUAAAUACGAGGUACAGCCGGAUUUCAUCACGGUCACAGGUGGAACCCUGCACAUGUACCAGCUGGAAGGUCUAAACUGGCUGCGAUUCUCCUGGGCACAGGGCACUGAUACCAUUUUGGCUGAUGAGAUGGGACUGGGAAAGACGAUCCAGACCAUCGUAUUCUUAUAUUCUUUGUAUAAAGAGGGACACACGAAAGGCCCCUUCUUGGUCAGUGCUCCCCUGUCCACGAUCAUAAACUGGGAACGAGAGUUUGAGAUGUGGGCACCACAUUUCUAUGUGGUGACGUAUACAGGAGACAAGGAUAGCCGUGCUGUCAUCCGGGAAAACGAAUUUUGCUUCGAUGAUGGUGCAGUUAAAGUCAGCAAGCGGGCAGUCAAAAUCAGGAAUCAGGCACAAGUGAAGUUUCAUGUUUUGUUGACCUCCUAUGAGCUGGUCACCAUUGACCAGGCAGUUCUGAGCUCCAUUAAGUGGGCCUGUCUAGUGGUUGAUGAAGCACACAGAUUAAAGAACAACCAGUCCAAGUUUUUCAGAGUUUUGAACGGUUAUAAGAUUGAUUGGAAGCUGUUGCUCACGGGGACACCUCUACAGAACAAUCUGGAAGAACUCUUCCACCUGCUCAACUUUCUGACACCUGACCGUUUCAAUAAUCUGGAGGGCUUCCUUGAAGAAUUUGCUGACAUCUCAAAGGAAGACCAGAUCAAGAAGCUUCACGAUCUUCUCGGUCCCCACAUGUUACGGCGCCUUAAAGCAGAUGUCUUCAAGAACAUGCCCUCCAAGACUGAAUUGAUUGUGCGUGUGGAGCUGAGCACAAUGCAAAAGAAAUAUUACAAAUUUAUUCUGACAAGAAACUUCGAUGCUCUCAACUCCAAAGGAGGUGGCAAUCAGGUGUCGCUGCUAAAUAUCAUGAUGGAUCUGAAGAAGUGUUGUAACCACCCAUAUCUAUUCCCUGUGGCUGCCAUGGAGGGUGCAAAGUUGCCAAAUGGUGCGUACGAAGGCAGCGGGCUGAUCAAGUCCUCUGGAAAACUGAUGCUGCUCCAGAAAAUGUUGAGGAAGUUGAAAGACCAGGGCCACAGAGUGCUGAUAUUUUCUCAGAUGACUAAAAUGUUGGACUUACUGGAAGACUUCCUGGACUAUGAGGGCUACAAGUAUGAAAGGAUUGAUGGGAGUGUCACUGGUGGAAUGAGACAGGAUGCCAUUGAUCGAUUCAAUGCACCAGGUGCUGUACAGUUUUGCUUCUUGCUGUCGACCAGAGCCGGGGGUCUUGGCAUUAACUUGGCCACUGCAGACACAGUUAUCAUCUUUGACUCAGACUGGAACCCCCACAACGAUAUCCAGGCCUUCAGCAGAGCUCACCGCAUUGGCCAGGCAAACAAAGUGAUGAUCUAUCGCUUUGUCACUCGAGCUUCUGUGGAGGAAAGAAUAACGCAAGUGGCCAAGAGGAAGAUGAUGCUCACUCACCUAGUGGUCCGGCCUGGUCUGGGCUCCAAGACUGGGAGCAUGAGCAAGCAGGAGCUGGAUGAUAUCCUCAAGUUCGGCACGGAGGAGCUCUUUAAAGGAGACAUUGAAGGUGAUAACCGAGACGAAGACAGUAGUGUCAUUCACUACGACGGGGCUGCCAUUGACCGACUACUGGAUAGGAACCAAGAUGCCACAGAGGACACCGAUAUCCAAAGCAUGAAUGAGUACCUGACCUCCUUCAAGGUGGCUCAGUAUGUUGUGCGCGAGGAGGACAAGGAAGAGGAGAUAGAGAGAGAAAUUAUCAAACAAGAAGAGAAUGUGGAUCCUGAUUACUGGGAGAAGCUGCUGCGACACCACUACGAGCAGCAACAAGAGGACUUGGCACGGAACCUGGGCAAGGGCAAGCGGGUCCGCAAGCAGGUUAACUACAAUGAUGCUGCCCAAGAGGACCAAGACUGGCAGGAUGAUGUUUCAGACAACCAAUCAGAAUAUUCAGUAGGCUCGGAGGAAGAGGACGAAGACUUUGAUGAAAGGCCUGAAGGUCGCCGACAAUCCAAGCGUCAGCUCCGAGGCGAGAAGGACAAACCGCUUCCACCAUUGCUGGCUCGAGUGGGUGGGAACAUUGAGGUUUUAGGAUUUAACACUCGGCAAAGGAAAGCUUUCCUGAAUGCAGUGAUGAGGUGGGGGAUGCCUCCUCAGGAUGCUUUCAACUCUCAGUGGCUGGUCAGGGACCUACGUGGCAAGAGUGAGAAGGAGUUCAAGGCUUACGUGUCCCUAUUCAUGAGGCAUUUGUGUGAGCCUGGAGCUGAUGGUGCUGAAACGUUUGCAGAUGGAGUACCUCGUGAGGGGCUCUCCAGGCAGCAAGUCCUGACCAGAAUAGGAGUCAUGUCACUGGUGAAGAAGAAGGUGCAGGAAUUUGAACACAUCAAUGGGAAGUGGAGCAUGCCAGAGUUCAUGCCGGACAUCAGUGCUGAUUCCAAGAAGUCAUCCAGAGCCUCAUCCCCUCUAGUGAAGACGGCAACAACAACCCCAGAGCCUAGCUGCAGCAACACCCCCUGCACUUCAAAACCAGCCACUCCUGCUCCAAGUGAUAAGUUAGAAGGAAGUGCCACUCCUGUUGAGAAGGAACUGACAGAUGGCAAAGAGGAAGAGGCAGACGGUGGCGAAAAGCUGGAAUUGGAGACUCCCAAUGCAGAAGAAGAUCCUGUGGCGAUGGAAAAGCCUGAGGCCCAGCCAUCUGUUAUUGAAGAGGUUAAAGAGCAGCCAGAAGAGGAAAAGGAGAGUGCAGAAGAAGGACAGGAGCCAGUGCUCAAAGAUGAAAAACAAGAGCCUGAAAGGAGUGGCGGGGAAACUCUAGUCGAAAAACCUGAAGCAAACUUGGAGACAAAGGAAAAAACUGAGCAAGAAACAACUGAUGUGAAAGAGGAGACCAAAAUGGAGAAGGAUCUGAAAUCUAGUACCAUAAAGGAUGAAAACAAAAGCAACGGGAGGAGGGAAGAGGACAGGAUGGAGAAGUGCAAGUUCAUGUUUAACAUUGCUGAUGGUGGCUUCACAGAGCUACAUACCCUGUGGCAGAACGAGGAGAGGGCUGCAAUAUCUUCUGGAAAAGUAUCUGAGAUCUGGCACCGUCGUCAUGACUUCUGGCUGCUCUCUGGUAUUGUUGUCUACGGAUAUGCCCGGUGGCAGGACAUUCAGAAUGAUGCCCGCUUUGCAAUCAUCAAUGAGCCCUUCAAGCUGGAGGUCAACAAGGGAAACUUCCUGGAGAUGAAGAACAAGUUCCUGGCUCGACGGUUUAAGCUGCUGGAGCAGGCGCUGGUGAUCGAGGAACAACUGCGGAGGGCAGCCUACCUGAACAUGACGCAGGAUACUAACCAUCCAGCGAUGGCCCUCAAUACCCGUUUCGCAGAGGUGGAGUGCCUGGCAGAGAGUCACCAACACCUGUCCAAGGAAUCACUGGCCGGAAACAAGCCUGCAAAUGCUGUCCUGCAUAAAGUUCUAAACCAAUUGGAAGAGCUGCUGAGUGACAUGAAAGCAGACGUGACCCGCCUCCCCUCCACGCUGUCGCGAGUCCCACCAAUAGCCGCUCGUCUCCAGAUGUCAGAGCGCAGCAUCCUCAGCCGAUUGGCCAACAAAGGAACAGAAUCCACAAAUACGCCGACCUUUCCACCAGGCCCGUACACGACAUCUCAAACUUUCGGUGGCUCUUUUGGGCCACCUGUACCUGUGAGCACGCCAGGCGGUCCAGUGAAUUUCAGUCAGGUGCCAGGAAGCUCCUUUGUAACAGUUCCCCCUACCAGUGAGCAUUCAGCUGCCCGCUUCUGGAGCCCACCCAAGCCAGGGGCACCUCAUCCUCCCGCAGCCUUUUCCACAGCCUCCCACCCAGAGGCCCAUCUCUUUCAGUAACGACAAGCUUCCUAUUAACACGCUGGGAAUCACAGCAUCCAAUGGUCCUUCUGCUUUAGAGAAAAGAGAGAACAUCAAAGAAGGAGUGAACGUGGAAAAGAAAGAAGAGAAGAGAGGGGAAGUAAUAUGUAUAGAUGAUUGACCACCCCUCCUGCUCUCACCAUCAGUUGUGUUUAUAUUUUGUUUUGAGAGAUGAAACACAAGACUAAAGAUAUCCUUCACUUGUGUUUUUGCCCCAGGUGUGUGUGUGUGUGUGUGUGUGUGUGUGUGAGAGAAGGAGGGCCACUUCUUUCAAAGGUGGGUAAGUGACAUAUUAGCAACCCCUCCAAUUCCUUUAUCUCCCUCCAUCCAGCACCCCGAACUCCCAGAGCCAGCAGUCAUGAGGCAAACCACUGCUGGGAGUAGUCAUUGUGUUUCUCUGUCUCGGUGAUCUUAACUCUCAGUAGUUAUAGAAAGUGUGGAACCAUUUCCAUCCGUGACUUAUUCCACCCACUUUUCUUUGGUUCUCUCUCACAGUUGAGACAUAAAAGCGGGCACAAUCUAAACAAGCCAACCUGCUGUCUGAAAUGGGGCUGAGCUCGACAAAUAAGCCCUGUACUGUUAGCUGACCUCAGACCAGUUGCAGUGGUAGGGGAGUGAUGGGUUGAGAGUGUGGGGGAUGCGGUUAGUUCUCAACAUUGUCCCCUGCUGCAAAAUGCACGAGGGACUGUCUCACCAUGGACUCCAUCUCAGCCUCUAAUUACUCAUCAGGGACAAAUCUGCCUCUGCAUGGGGGCUCUGGCCAAUUAUCUCCCCCUUGGCCUAGCUGAUGUGUAGUCGGUUGCAGUAAUGAGAGAGCUGGUGUGAAUCUGUAGGGUGUCAUUGAGUGUGUUGGGUCAGUGAGAAGUGGGCUGGUGGUCUAGAAGGAAUUCUGUGUAGGGCAACCCAGUGACGUAUGAUGUGCAGAAACCUCACUGGGUGCAUAUCAUAAAUUGGUUUCUCUAGAUUCUAUCUGUACUUUGGAUGGGAGGUUGAGAUAAGUUGCAGAGAAAGGAUACUGUAAUUUUGGCAGCAGUUAUAGGAUACUACAGCUUUAAACUAUGUUACAUUACUUGAACCUUACAUAACACCAACUAUUUAUAAGCCCCCCUUUUGCCUGUGUCUAAAGAAGCUGUGGUUCAUAGUAAUCCCGCACCUGAUUGCAUUUCUGGUCCCCUGCUUUCAAAAUGUUUUUGUGCCUGUACUCGAUGAAUCAAAAGGAUGGCCAUUUUAGAAUUAGGAGUCCAUUUUGAAACAACUUGGCUGCUCCAUUAUACAGUAGGCCCGCCAACAAUGGCAAGCCAUGUGUUUUUGUUUCUUUAAAUUAAAUCACUGGAUGGCAUUUUAAGG